AGAUGCCUUAGUAGCCCUUUUCCCCUUACACGUACCUAAUAUUUGUGCUCAAAAUUCGAAAUUCUCGUCUUUUUUAGUCUUUUGUCAUCGACGAUGAGUGUGAUCUUAGGUCUCGGCCAAACUCUUUUGCCCCUGACUUUUAGCCAAUUUUCCAGCCGCAGUAGUACGAAGUUCGCGCCUUUCGCUUGUCUGAAGGCCGUCCAGCCCUCCGAGUCAGAGAUCCUGGAACAAGAAUACCGGCUAGAUGGAUCCACAGAGAAGCUUAACCUUGCCCCGGAUAUCUUCCGAAACGAGCUGGGGCGACCGAAUGUCUUUUCAACGAUUCGAAGGGCGGAGAUAAUCCUCUGUUGUGAUGAUUCCCUGUCACGUGAACCGCUCCCGCCACUCGGAAAUCUCGAAUUCUUGCAGGCAACUACCGAGAUGGUCUUGGGCAAGAGUUCGCCAGCCGAGGUUCAGAAUCGGGUAAUUGGUAUCCAGACGAAGAGCAGCCACGAGGCUCUGGUGCUGGCUGCAAAAUUUCUUCGCCGCAAACUGAAUCUGGAGGUCUGUCUCCUAGCGCGCCCUUGUAAUGCUGAAUACUGGAACAUAUUUCGAAGAGCUGGAUUCAACUGUCAGAGCUACCAGUACUACAGCGACGUUAAGGGACAACUGAACAUCUACGGACUGGUGGCCGAUCUGAUGGCGGCCCCGGAGGGAGCAGUUGUCAUCCUGGACGGCUGCGCCCACAAUCCCACCGGAACGGAUCCCUCUGUCGACGAGUGGCAGCUGAUCGGGCACAUUGUCAAGUGCAAGAAGAUGCUUCCGGUGAUCCAUCUGGAGGCAGCCGGAUUGGCCAGCGGCGACGUCAACCAAGACGCCUGGCCAGUCCGCCAUUUUGCGGAGACAGGCGUGGACUUCCUGUGCGCCCAAUCAUUUGACAAGAAUUUCGGACUCUACAAUGAUACCAUUGGACAGCUAAUGAUUGUGCUUGCGAAUGCCGAGCAUUACAACAAAACUAAACAAAACUUUGAAGAACUAAUAUCAGAGAAGAAUGUCGAUAGCUCAGCCGUCUCGUCCAGUCGAAUUGUAGCUAAAGUACUCAACUGCAGGGAAAUGCGCAACAAUUGGUCGGAAAAUCUAUUGGAAAUGCACAAGAGAAUUCAAAAGAUUCGGUUACAACUGACCGACAAACUUAUCGAACUGAAAACCCCCGGGCAUUGGAGAAACUUGAAGGCUCAGAAAGGACAUUAUAUGUACUCGGGACUGUCACGCCCUCACAUUCAAGAACUAAAACGCAAACAUAUAUACAUUCCAAAAUCUGGGAGAAUAAAUUUAAGUACAAUAGAACCAAACCGGGUGGCACAUUUAGCCGAAACCAUUAAUGAUGUGUUGCAAGAAACGAGAAACCAAAAUUCGUUAGAUGCUUUAUUUUCAUGUGAUCACAUUGAUGCCAUGUAUCAAUACUUUCAAUCUGUUUAAAUAUAAAUAAAACGAAAAAACACAA